ACUGCAGGUGGGAAGAUGGAAGUACUCCGCGGAGGCAGGAGGAGGAAUAUAGGGUCAAAACGGCAUCCACUCGGCUCGAGUUGAUACCAUUUUUUAUGCGACUCCGCUGAAAAAGAACUCAACUACUCCCAAUUUCUCACCCCAUUCCUUCAACAUCCUUCAAAUCUCGCUAUCAGCACUUCAAUUCCUAGAAACCCACUUGUCAUACCCUCCAAAUUUCCUUCCUCCAUCAAAUUUGAAACUUCAUUCUCCAACCCUCAAAAAAUCACCAAAUUACUGAUGAACAACACCGCCCAGCCGGGAAACAUGGCCGCCGGAUCCCCGCCAUGGCUGAACACCGGCGACAACUCUUGGCAAAUUACAGCCUCCACUCUCGUCGGACUUCAGAGCAUGCCUGGCCUUGUGAUUCUCUACGCCAGCAUCGUCAAAAAGAAAUGGGCCGUCAAUUCUGCCUUUAUGGUCCUCUACGCCUUCGCCGCCGUUCUAAUUUGUUGGGUCCUCGUCGGUUACCGAAUGGCAUUUGGCGACCAGCUGGUUCCUCUGUGGGGCAAGGGGAUUCCAGCUCUGACCCAAAGUUACCUAAUUGACCGAGCCGAUAUCCCUGAGAGUGGCAAUACAAACAACGAUGGAAGGGUAACGCUCAGAAUUGAACCCAAUAUUCCGAUGGCUUCGCUCGUGUAUUUCCAGUUCACUUUUGCUGCGAUUACGGUGAUUUUACUGGCUGGCUCUGUUCUUGCAAGAAUGAACAUCAAAGCUUGGAUGGCGUUUGUUCCUCUUUGGGUAAUUUUCGCAUACACCGUCGGAGCAUAUUCUGUUUGGGGCGGAGGGUUUCUCUUUCAAUGGGGCGUAAUUGAUUACUCCGGCGGCUACGUGAUCCAUCUCUCUUCAGGGAUUGCUGGCCUGACCGCCGCUUAUUGGGUUGGGCCGAGGAUUAAGAGUGACAGGGAGAGGUUUCCGCCCAAUAACGUACUGCUGAUGCUGGCCGGAGCAGGGCUGCUGUGGAUGGGAUGGUCUGGAUUUAACGGCGGGGCGCCGCACUCGGCGAACGUUGUCGCGUCGAUAGCAGUGCUGAAUACGAACGUGAGCGCCGCGACGAGCCUUCUGGUGUGGACCAUUUUGGAUGUGUUGUACUUUGGGAAGCCAUCGGUGAUUGGAGCCAUUCAGGGUAUGAUGACUGGCUUGGCUUGCGUUACUCCCGGCGCAGGGGUAGUGCAGACGUGGGCGGCUAUGAUAAUGGGGAUUCUGGGAGGGAGCAUUCCAUGGGUAUCCAUGAUGGUCCUUCAUAAAAAAUUGAGUUUCUUGCAAAAGGCUGACGACACGCUCGGCGUAUUUCACACGCACGCGGUGGCGGGAUUGAUGGGCGGGCUUUUAACGGGGCUUUUAGCCGAGCCCACUCUAUGCGAUCUAUACCUACCGAUAACCGGCACACGGGGAGCCUUUUACGGCAAAAACGGCGGCGUUCAAUUCCUGAAACAACUGGCCGGCUCCGCGUUUAUUAUAGGAUGGAACAUAGUGUCGACGACCAUAAUACUCCUCUUUAUUCGGCUGUUUAUGCCAUUGAGGAUGCCUGAUGAGGCACUUAUGAUCGGCGAUGACGCCGUCCACGGAGAGGAGGCUUAUGCUCUUUGGGGCGACGGCGAGAAAUUCGAUCCCAGAAGGCACGGCACUGCGGGGAACAAUAUUGAAGAAGGAACGGCCUCGCCUUAUAUUCAUGGUGCUAGAGGAGUAAUCAUCGAGUUGUAAACAUUUUUAUAGCCUGCUUUGGUUUGAUUCGAGUGCGUCUUGAACGUUCAUAAUUUUAGUGGCUUUUUUUGUUCCGAAGUUUAUUCCUGGUGUGGUGACAUUCCUCUGUUAUUAAGAUGAUUUAA